UAGCAACUGCUCUUCCCAUUUCAGAGGUCCCUAGUCCCUGUGAUCUGUAGCAAUAGAUUCUAUCUCUAUUUUCAUCUACCUAGUGCGUGAAUGUGUAAUUUUAGUUCCAGCGUUCCAGGACAGGACAUUUUAGGGUAGCUCGAUGCUCGCACACACCACCACAACCCAUGUGCUCUCAUGUGGGUCGGCGUACAUCUGUAGCGGCUGCGAGGGCAGCAGGCCCAUGCGGCGCUCGGCAUUGGCUCUUCGCAUAAGGGGGGCCCUCCUUGGUCGGGCAGCUGUUUGCGCGCGCGCCCCUCCACCCGCUGCCCGGGCGCGCACUCAAAAGCGACGCGCGCUUCCCAUGCGAACUCAGUUCCGAACGGCGCUCUUAGGGUUGUGCAUCGCAACCUUUCCGCGAGCAUACAAAACCCAUACACAACUUCGCGUCUAUCUAGUCCAGCUCACAAACUGUUUUAAACACAUCCAGAGCGCGUUCAUUCAUAUGCAUUAAUCAAAAGUGUGCUUUACGUUUCUUUAAUGGGGAUUUCCGACGAGACCAAGUGCAAUUGCGAAAAGGCGGCGAAACCGGCAAAGGGCACCAUACUAGCGCCGCUAAAGGGCAAAAUGAAGGUCUUCAAAAAGAUCAAGCGAACUUUCCUCGCCUCUCGUUCCACAUCCGAGGGCUUGGGAACGAAUAAUCUACCGCCGCUGCAAUUCCACAAUGUACGCGGUGAUCAUAUCCGUCUCUACCGCAACGCCACAGUCGCCCGCAGGGUGGAGAGCUUCUGCAAGGGCAUUGCAUUUAGUGCGCGACCUGUCAAAGUCAAUGAGAAGAUUUGCAUUAAAUUCGUUGAAAUUUCCAACAACUGGAGCGGCGUAAUUCGCUUUGGGUUCACCUACCAUGAUCCGAGCACUCUUCGGUACAACCUUCCGAAAUACGCAUGCCCGGACCUCACAAACAAACCCGGCUACUGGGCGAAGGCUCUACCCGAACGCUUCGCCACCCAGAACAACGUCCUGUAUUACUACGUUACCUCCUCCGGUGAUGUGCAUUUUGGCAUUAACGGCGAAGAGAAGGGUAUUUUCUUCGGCGGAGUCGAGACGCGCGGCCAGCUCUGGGCGCUUAUCGACGUCUACGGUAAUUCCACCGCCAUCGAGUUUGUCGAGUUUGAGCAUCAGCUAAAUAACUCCCGACGCGAUGUCGUCACCAAUAAUUGUGAUAACCACCGCAAUAACAACGCUAAUAACAUCCCUGAUGAGAUUGACCGUCUUGUCUACCCGAUGCAGAAUGUUAACAUUCGCACAACGGCGGAGCGCGACUCUGAAGAGCUCAACCUCCCCGUUAUUCGCUACCAGCCGUCACACCUCAACUUCAACGCGUUCCCAUUGCAUCGCACGCGUGGUCGCAACGUGCGCUUCAAUUCAAGCCGUACGAUCGCGUCGCGUAUUGACUCAGAAUUCUGUCAAGGCUACGUCUUUACCGGACGCCCACUUAACAUUGGCGAAAAGAUGGUGGUGCAGAUUUUGGCCACCGAAAACGUUUUUGAAGGUUGCCUUGGCUUAGGCUUGACGAGUUGCGACCCAGCAACCUUACAGAUAUCUGACCUACCGGACGACUCCAACUUCCUCUUGGAUAGACCAGAGUAUUGGGUCAUUAGUAGGGAUAUCGCACGGACGUUAAACGUAGGAGAUGAGAUUAGUUUCUACGUCUCGCCUACAGGUGAGGUGCAAAUCAGCAAAAAUGGCGGUUUGCCUGUUGUGGUCAUCCAUGUCGACCAAUCACUCCGAUUGUGGGCAUUCUUUGACGUGUUCGGAUCGACGAGAAAAAUCCGCGUCCUCAGUUGUCCGUUGGCAACUACCCCAAAUCGCAGUCACGAACGUAGGAUCGUCACACCGAACUCCGAAUCAAUGAACAGCCUCAACACUCAAUCGGAGAUGCGUCGCAAUGUGAUGCUGCCGUCCAACAGCAGAUGUGCCCCUCAGGUGGAUAUUUCUGAAGCCCCUGGCACAAACUACAUGCCUACAACUCACGUGAAUAUUGUCAAUCAUGCAAACAAUAAUCCGACACCACAUCCGUCGCAUCACUCAUCGCAGAACCUUGCGAACUUCAACAGCGACGCCAUGCCGUCGAUGACAUCGUUGCCUACUAGUCAUUAUCAUAGCAAUCACAACCUGGUACCCACCACAUCGAACGCCACCAUGAUCUCCAUGAAUAGCAACACGUACAUUGAGCCAAUUUCGGCCGAGUGUAACAAAGGUCCCGAACCACUGUACGGUCUACCAAUGGGGAGCAAUCAACUGUAUUCGGCGGGGGCGGAGUGCACGAUAUGCUACGAGAAACCGAUCGACGCCGUCCUCUACAUGUGCGGUCACAUGUGCAUGUGCUACGAGUGCGCCCUACAACAAUGGCGCGGUAAGGGCGGCGGCCAGUGCCCGCUCUGCCGUGCGGUCAUCCGCGACGUCAUACGAACGUACAAGUCGUAAGGGCCAACACAACAGCGCACCAACCAUAUUUACUAGUUAGUUACAUUGUUGUCUGUUGAUUCUCCCUGGGUGGAAGUUGUGUUUCUGUUCGAUAUCUUCCUGCACAAGUCAGUGCGUGUACAAAUGCGCGGCAUUAUCGGCAUUCUAGUUAAGUUUAUUAUUUUUCAACGCCUCCAAAGAGGAUAAAAAGUGUAGGAAUUCCAACAAUGGGAAAACAAAAGACUGAUUUUUGUUUUUUCGCAAAUGUUUUCCACGUUUCGAAUUUGUUAAAUGUUCUUUUUUCGUUCUUUUCUUCUGUUAAGACCAAAGACGUUUCGCGUUCGUGCCAAGUGUUGGCAAAACGCGUGAUCUUGUAGGGUGCGCACAAAGAAAAAAAAAAACGCGGCGCACACCAACUAUUAGCUAAGUCAUUGAAUUUAUAAUUUCAACAACGUUUUGUUUAUGGGGUCUGAUGUCUGAUGUGCGUGCGCGAUAUGCAGUAUAUCAAUUUCUAAACGAGAACGAAACGAAAUAGUUACAUACAAUAGGAUUUUCUAGUCAUUUAACGAUGUAUUAAAUAGCAUAAAGAUAGCUAAUAUUUAUUUAUUCUUUAGACGUUAACUUAUGAAAAUGAAAUGAAAUCGAGGACAAAAAUCGGUUGGAGUUCAAUAACAAAAACGGCGAUUUUUCUUCAAAAAAUACAUUUAUAUAAAAAAAAUAUAUAUG